UCCUAGCGACGAUACCUCCAGGCACAAAAUCUUCGCCUGGGAAGGCUUCAUCCACAUUCGUGCCUUCUUCGGCGUAAAACCAAACCUUCAGGGGAAGAUUUAUGUCUCAGUAUUAAGGUCAUAGAGACGAGGAGAAAAGUGUGAAAAGUGCGGGGAAAAUGUCAAUUGUUUAAAGGAAAAAUCCAAAAGAAAACUCCAAAAUUUUAAGAUUGCAAAUGAACGAAUAUAAAUAUCAUUACUUAUUUACAAGCUUCGAUAUUGAACUAUUUGACUUAGAGGAUUUUAAAUAUAAUUUUGUCAACAUAACGUCAUACCGAUUGGUUGAUGUAAAUGAUGUUGCAAUUAAAGAAAUUUUAAAAGAUAUGGAGACAUUUAAGUAUGAAAAUAACUUAUCAGAUAACACAACAGGAAUGGAUGUGGAUUUUAGUACGCACGGGGAAAAAUCUGUAUUUAAUGAGAACUAUCGUAAGAGGCGUACAAUCGGGGCAGAGCCAGCAUUAGUAUUUGAUUCAGUAAAUAUAUUCGCCGUUGGUUUACAAACUUUGGAACAAUCUCAUACGUUACGCUUAAAGAAUAUGACAUGUAGCGGGGCAGAACCUUGGGAUGGCGGACUAAGUUUAAUAAAUUAUAUUAAUUCUGUGGAAUGGCGUGGUUUAACCGGCCCUAUUCAAUUUAAGGAAGGUAGACGAAUACAGUUUAAAUUAGAUUUGGUAAAAUUGAAGCAACAUUCGAUUGUCAAAGUGGGAGAAUGGUCACCUCAAAGUCGUCUUAAUAUUACAGAACCUUCAUUAUUUUUCGAGACGGGUUCCAUGAAUGUUACACUGGUAGUAAUUACAAUAUUGGAGACACCGUACGUCAUGAUGCAUUAUGGAAAAAAUUUUACAGGAAACGAAAGAUUUUUUGGCUUUUGUGUAGACGUGCUAGAGCUAGUGGCACGAGAUGUGGGUUUCGACUACAUAUUAGAUUUAGUACCUGAUCGAAAGUAUGGUGCAAAAGAUUCCCACACUGGAGAAUGGAAUGGACUGGUGGCGCAAUUAAUGAAAUAUAUCGGAAGUAAACAACCAGAUUCUGGAACCGCGACAUUGCAACUAAUAAUAUCGCCAUUAAUUCUCGAGACUGUUCUGUCGAAAAAUGUUGUGAUUAAAAAGUUCCGAUGA